AUGAUUCGAUCCAUGAAAAAAUUAUGUUCAAAAAGCAAUACCGUUCACGAAAAUGAAUUGGAGAUGGUGUUGGAGGUAUCUCUGCCAGAAGAAAAAUUAAUCAAAACCAACACCAACACCGCUACAAAACGAUGGCAACAUUUGUUCAAUCUUGUUCGACCACAAAAAGACCGGGCCGCUAGGUGGCUGACAACAUUGUCGUCCAUCGAUGAUGGUUCAAAAGACAAACAAUUCAUGUAUUUCUUGAAGAUUGCUGGCUCUUCUUUCAUCCCUUUUCAGGUUCAACUUGAUCAUGCAUUAUCAUUACCCGUAAGAGAUGGUUCAAUUGAAGCAUCUACGGCUAAAUAUAUUGUACAACAAUACACAGCAGCAACAGGUGGGUCUGCCGCCAUGAACACCGUCAACAGCAUGUAUGUAGUAGGUGAGGUGAACAUGGUACAAGGUGAAAUCAAGGAAGAUAGUCAAGAUAAGACACGUGGUAAAGAUGGGUCGGAGUCAGGUGCAUUCAUGCUGUGGCAAAAAAACCCUAAUUUAUGGUUCAUGGAGCUGGUUGUCUCUGGUUGCAGAGUCAGUGCAGGCAGUGAUGGCACCAUCACUUGGACCCAGUCUUCUUUGAACCCUUCUCAGUCUUCCAAAGGACCUCCAAGACCACUUCGCCGUUUUUUCCAGGGCUUAGACCCCAGGUCAACAGUCAACCUAUUCUCGAAUGCAGUUUGCAUAGGGGAGAAGUUAGUCAUGAACGAGGAUUGUUUCAUACUUAGGCUUGACACGAGCCAAGACAUCCUAAAAGCACAGAGUAAAGCAAACAUGGAGACCUCACACCACAUUAUACAAGGGUAUUUUAGUCAAAGAACAGGCCUCCUCAUCCAAUUCGAAGACACCAAAUUGGUCAAAAUCAAGUCAACACGAAAGGGUUGUGAUCAAUAUGUCUGCUAUGAAACAAGUAUGGAAUCAUCCCUAGAAGAUUACAAAUACAUAGAUGGAGUCAAUAUCGCACAUUACGGAAAAACUGUAACAUCAGUUCAUAGAUACGGGCAAGGGGGUAACACGAGAUGGAAAAUUGAAGAAACGUGUACAGUUAAAGAAGUCGAGUUUAAUAUUUGUAGUUUAGCAGCAGAUUCCUUUUUACCUCCCCCCGAUGUAAAAAAUGAAAACCAAGAGCUCUAAAGUUACUAGCUUUUA